GAUGAAAACAUGGCUGCACCCCUUCUUGCACCCCCAGGACCUGACAGCUUCAAGAAAUUCACCCCGGAGACACUCGAAAAUAUUGAGAAACGCAUCAAAGAAGAGAAGAACAAGAAGCCACCCAAGCCAAGAUCAGACAGCAGUCACCGCGACACAUCUGACGACAAUGAACCCAAGCCCAACAGUGACCUGGAGGCUGGGAAGAGCCUGCCCUUCAUCUAUGGCGACAUUCCUGAUGGAAUGGCGGCCACACCACUGGAGGAUUUGGACCCAUUCUAUAUGAAUAAGAAAACGUUUAUAGUCCUAAACAAGGGGAAAACACUCUUCCGCUUCAGUGCCACGCCCUCCUUGUACAUCUUAAGCCCUUUUAAUCUACUUAGGCGAAUAGCUAUAAAAAUUUUGAUACAUUCGCUAUUCAGCAUGAUCAUCAUGUGUACGAUUUUGACCAACUGCAUAUUCAUGACAUUCAGUGAUCCCCCGGAGUGGUCCAAACAAGUAGAGUAUACCUUCACCGGUAUCUAUACAUUUGAGUCACUCACAAAAAUUGUUGCCCGAGGUUUUGUUAUUGAUGGGUUCACCUUUCUCAGAGACCCUUGGAACUGGCUGGACUUCAUGGUCAUUUCAAUGGCGUAUAUAACAGAGUUUGUAAACCUAGGCAAUGUGUCAGCUCUCCGUACCUUCAGGGUUUUGAGGGCUUUGAAAACAAUUUCAGUUAUCCCAGGCCUGAAGACCAUUGUGGGUGCUCUGAUCCAGUCUGUGAAGAAGCUGUCGGAUGUGAUGAUUCUGACCGUCUUCUGUCUCAGCGUCUUCGCUCUGAUUGGACUGCAGCUGUUCAUGGGGAACCUGCGGAAUAAAUGUGUGAUCUGGCCGGUCAACCUGACGGAUCUUUACCCGCCAAAUGGCAGCAGGGUUUUUGACUGGACUGAAUACUCCAUGAAUACCUGUGAGUCUAAUUUCUACUUCCUGCCUGGCCAGCUUGAUGCUCUGCUAUGUGGAAAUAGUUCUGACUCAGGACGAUGUCCAGAGGGCUUUACAUGUAUGAAAGCUGGAAGGAACCCCAACUAUGGUUACACCAGCUUUGACAGCUUCGGAUGGGCUUUCCUCACCCUCUUUCGUCUCAUGACCCAAGACUUCUGGGAAAAUCUCUACAUGCUGACUCUACGAGCUGCGGGGAAGACCUACAUGAUCUUCUUUGUGCUGGUCAUCUUUGUGGGCUCAUUCUACCUGGUAAAUCUGAUCUUGGCUGUGGUGGCCAUGGCUUAUGAGGAGCAGAACCAAGCCACAAUUGAGGAGGCACAGCAGAAAGAGGCGGAAUUCAAGGCCAUGCUGGAACAGCUCAAAAAGCAGCAGGAAGAGACUCAGGCUGCUGCCAUGGCGACAUCUGCUGGUACUGUAUCAGAGGCUGCGUUAGAAGAUGAAGGAGGGGGGCACUUGUCCCGCAGUUCCUCCGAGGUCUCUAAGCUGAGCUCCAAGAGUGCAAAAGAGCGUCGCAAUCGCAAGAAGAAAUGGCGACAGAAAGAGCAGGAGAAAGAGAAGGGAGACACUGAAAAGGUGGUUAAGUCCGAGUCAGAUGAUGGCAGCAAGAAAAGCACCAUUCGGUUUCCAGGAAGUCGACUGGGGAGGAAGACAUCCAUCAUGAACCAGUCACUACUCAGCAUCCCAGGCUCACCCUUCAUGUCACGCCACAACAGCCGCAGCAGCAUCUUCAGCUUUAAAGGCCGUUCCAAGGACAUGGGCUCAGAGAAUGAAUUUGCAGACGAUGAGCACAGUACAGUAGAGGAGAGCGAAGACCGUCGAGGCUCCCUGUUUAUACCUUACCGUCGCAACAGCUACAGUGGCUACAGCCAAGGCUCAUCGCGCAUCCAUCCGCUGGCACCCCACUCUGGAGGGAAGAGAAACAGCACAGUGGACUGCAAUGGCGUGGUGUCUCUCAUCGGCCCUGGGCCUGGCAGACGGCUUCUGCCUGAGGUGAAAAUAGAUAAGGCAGCCACUGAUGACACACAGACUACAGACGUUGAAAUUAAGAAGAAGCACUCUGGGUCUCUCAUGGUGUCUGUGGAUCAGCUCAACUCCUCUUUCAAAGGGAAGGACCGUGCCAACAGUCAGAUGAGUGUAGUCACCAACACUCUGAUAGAGGAGUUAGAGGAGUCGCAAAGAAAGUGUCCUCCCUGCUGGUACAAGUUUUCUAACAUCUUUCUCAUCUGGGAAUGCUGUCCUUUCUGGCUAAAACUCAAGCACAUAGUCUACUUGAUUGUCAUGGACCCAUUUGUUGACCUGGCCAUCACCAUUUGUAUUGUUCUCAACACCCUUUUCAUGGCCAUGGAGCACUACCCCAUGACGCAACAUUUUGAGGAAGUACUGGCUGUUGGCAACCUGGUUUUUACCGGUAUCUUUGCUGGGGAGAUGUUUGCCAAGCUAAUUGCCAUGGAUCCCUACUACUACUUCCAGGAAGGCUGGAACUGCUUUGAUGGCUUUAUUGUGACUCUAAGUUUAGUUGAACUGGGACUGGCUGAUGUGGAAGGUCUGUCAGUGCUCAGGUCUUUCCGAUUGUUAAGAGUGUUUAAGCUGGCCAAAUCAUGGCCAACACUCAACAUGCUGAUCAAGAUCAUCGGCAACUCAGUGGGAGCCCUGGGUAAUCUGACCCUGGUGUUGGCCAUCAUUGUCUUUAUCUUUGCUGUUGUGGGAAUGCAGCUGUUUGGUAAAAGCUACAAGGACUGUGUGUGCAAGAUUGCACAGGACUGCGAGUUGCCGCGAUGGCACAUGCACGACUUCUUCCACUCCUUCCUAAUUGUGUUCAGAGUGUUGUGUGGGGAGUGGAUCGAGACCAUGUGGGACUGUAUGGAGGUGGCCGGACAGACCAUGUGCCUAACUGUCUUCAUGAUGGUCAUGGUGAUUGGUAACCUGGUGGUCCUGAACCUGUUUCUGGCCCUGCUGCUGAGCUCAUUCAGUGCAGACAACCUUGCUGCCACCGAUGACGAUGGUGAGCCCAACAACCUCCAGCUUGCGGUUGCCCGCAUUAAGACAGGGAUUGCCUGGUUCAAGGCAAACAUGAGGAUUUUUGUAGCCACAAUGCUAAAGAAGCAGCCUAUUGAAGAUGAACAGAAGCCUCUGGAUGAGAUGUAUGAGAAGAAACUCAACUGCAUUGCAAACCACACAGUGGACAUUAAUCGAGGACUGGACUAUGCAAAAAAUGGCAAUGGCACCACCAGUGGCAUUGGGAGCAGUGUGGGAAAGUACAUGAUUGAUGAAGACUACAUGUCCUUCAUCCACAACCCAAACCUCACUGUCUGUGUUCCAAUCGCUGUUGGCGAGUCUGACUUUGAAAACCUUAAUACGGAAGAUUUCAGCAGUGAAUCAGACGUGGAAAAUAGCAAAGAUCUGGAUGACACUAGCUCAUCUGAAGGCAGCACCAUAGACAUCAAGCUUGAUGUGGAGGAGGUAGCAGUGGUGGAGGUUGUGGAGGAAUAUCUUGACCCAGAGCCCUGCUGGACAGAUGAAUGUGUGGCCAAAUACAAGUGCUGUGAUGUUCCCAUCACUCACGGCUGGGGGAAAUACUGGUGGUUCCUGAGGAAGACCUGCUACUUGAUAGUGGAACACAACUGGUUUGAAACCCUGAUCAUCUUCAUGAUCCUGCUCAGCAGUGGAGCGUUGGCCUUUGAGGAUGUUUACAUAGAACAGAGGAAGACAGUCCGCAUCAUUCUGGAGUAUGCUGAUCGGGUUUUCACCUACAUCUUCAUCCUGGAGAUGUUGCUGAAAUGGGUGGCUUAUGGCUUUGUCAAGUACUUUACUAACGCCUGGUGCUGGUUGGACUUCUUCAUUGUCGAUGUGUCUAUAGUCACCCUUAUAGCUAAUGCGUUGGGCUACUCCGAUCUAGGCCCGAUUAAAUCACUCAGGACACUGAGGGCCUUGAGACCCCUCAGGGCCCUGUCACGUUUUGAAGGGAUGAGGGUUGUAGUGAACGCCUUGGUGGGCGCAAUUCCCUCGAUCAUGAACGUGUUGCUGGUGUGUCUCAUCUUCUGGCUCAUCUUCAGCAUCAUGGGUGUCAAUCUGUUUGCUGGAAAGUAUUACUAUUGUUUCAACGAGACAUCUGAGGAGUACUUUGAACCGCAUGAGGUGAACAACAAAACAGAGUGCUUUGCGCUCAUCAAUGCAAAUUACACUGAAGUCAGGUGGAAAAAUGUCAAGAUCAAUUUUGACAAUGUGGGCGCAGGAUACCUGGCUCUCCUGCAAGUGGCAACAUUCAAAGGCUGGAUGGACAUUAUGUAUGCAGCAAUAGACUCUAGAAAGGUGGAGGAUCAGCCCCUCUAUGAGGACAACUUGUACAUGUACAUCUAUUUUGUCAUAUUCAUCAUCUUCGGCUCGUUCUUCACCCUAAACCUCUUCAUUGGUGUCAUCAUUGAUAACUUCAAUCAACAAAAGAAAAAGUUUGGAGGUCAGGAUAUCUUCAUGACAGAAGAGCAGAAGAAGUAUUACAAUGCCAUGAAGAAACUAGGGUCAAAGAAACCACAGAAGCCAAUACCAAGGCCUCAGAACAAAAUCCAGGGCAUGGUGUUUGAUUUUGUGACGCAGCAGGUGUUUGACAUCUCCAUCAUGAUGCUCAUCUGCCUCAACAUGGUCACUAUGAUGGUGGAGACGGAUGAUCAGUCAGCGGAGACGGAGAAUGUGCUUUACUGGGUCAACUUUGUCUUCAUUGUUGUCUUCACUGGCGAGUUUUUACUGAAGCUCUUCGCACUGCGUCACUAUUACUUCACCAAUGGCUGGAACAUUUUCGAUGUGGUUGUGGUCAUCCUUCAAUUGUGGGCAAGAAUGUUUCUGGCUGACCUGAUCGAGAAAUACUUUGUGUCACCAACGCUCUUCAGGGUGAUCCGUCUGGCUCGUAUUGGCAGGAUCCUGCGUCUCAUCAAGGGGGCCAAAGGAAUCAGAACUCUUCUGUUUGCCCUUAUGAUGUCACUUCCUGCCUUGUUUAAUAUUGGCCUACUGCUUUUCCUGGUUAUGUUCAUUUUCUCUAUCUUUGGAAUGUCCAACUUUGGCUAUGUUAAAUACGGGGCUGGAAUCGAUGACCUGUACAAUUUUGAGACCUUUGGCAACAGCAUGAUCAUCCUGUUUAUGAUCACCACAUCUGCUGGCUGGGACGGCCUUCUGCUGCCUAUUCUUAACUACCCUCCCGACUGUGACCCUCUUUUGGAGAACCCGGGGACUCCUGUUACAGGAGACUGUGGCAACCCAUCGGUGGGCAUCUUCUUCUUUGUUAUGUACAUCAUCAUUUCUUUCCUGAUUGUAGUCAACAUGUACAUUGCCAUCAUCCUGGAGAAUUUCAGCGUGGCCACGGAGGAGAGUGCAGAUCCACUCAGUGAAGAUGACUUUGAGACCUUUUAUGAAAUUUGGGAGAAGUUUGACCCAGAUGCCUCCCAGUUCAUCACCUAUGCCAAGCUUUCUGACUUUGCUGAUGCACUUGAACACCCACUCCGCGUGCCCAAGCCUAACACCAUUGAACUGAUUGCAAUGGACAUGCCUAUGGUGAGUGGAGACCGCAUACACUGUCUGGACAUCCUGUUUGCCUUCACCAAGCGUGUGCUGGGUGACAGUGGUGAGUUGGACAUGUUGAGGCAACAAAUGGAGGAGCGUUUUGUGGCAGCCAAUCCCUCCAAGGUCUCUUACGAGCCUAUCACCACCACACUGAGGCGCAAGCAGGAGGAUGUGUCGGCCAGAAUCAUUCAAAGGGCCUACCGCUCCUAUUUGGCCAGGCGGGGUUUUGUUUAUAAGCGUAAACCAGCCAAUAACAAAGAGGAGAAUGAUGAUAACAAUCAGGAACAAGAAAGGAAGGAGGGCACUCCCUCAACCGCCUCCCUGCCUUCUUAUGACAGUGUAACCAAACCUGACAAGGAGAAACAGGAAGACAACAAUGAGGGCAAGGGAGGAAGGAAAGAGAAGGGAAGAAACCAAAAAGACAUCAGGGAAUCCAAAUGUUAGGGCGCUGGAUGUAUAUUCACAGUAAUAACAAUAGAGGUGAUAAUAAUGUAACUUCAAGCAAAGCGAGAGGAAACUCACCA